UUACCAUUACAGCGAUGCAAUACUCAUCUUCGAGAAUAAACUGCGAAGACGUAGCUUCUGUGGAUACUUGUAUUGCUUUACAACCAAUAGGUUCUAAUACAGAACCAUGUAUGCUGAAUAUUAAAGUGUCAAACUAUCAGAGGAUAGCACGCGUCGCUAUUAUUUCUGAAGGUAAUGUCCUAGAAAUCUUCAAACAACUUGGAGAAUAUGAAACAACGAUACAUGCAGAGUUCAUAGAUGAGUAUGAGGAUAAUAUAGUUUUUCUUGGUGAAACUAUGAUACAUCCUCCUACUACAGAAGUUAGUGUUAAGUUUAUUAGAACAAAAAAUAAAGGUCCUCUUAUGUGGAUUUAUGGUAUAAGACUGUUUUUGACAGACUCUACAAAAGAGGCAAAAUCGAGUGCCUUUAAUUAUGAUAUCAUCCAGACUUUUCUCAGUAAUGCUAGCAAUGGUAAAAUGAGUCAAGAAUCUGAGAUGGCAAAGAGGAUAUUUGACGACAAACAAGAAAGUAUGAGAAAAUAUAGAGAAAAACUUUUGGAAACAUUUGCAUCAGGCUCAAAAUAUGAUGAGUAUAUAAAUAAAAUUGGAAGAAGCGAUAAUAAAAAAAGAUUGUCAAAUUGUGGAGAUAAUUAUGAGCAAUUAAAUGCUACUGAAUGUAAAAAUAUAAUUGAAAGAAGAAAUAGUAAAACAGAAUAUUCAAACUGUGAAGAGAAUUAUGAAAGAUCGAAUGCAGAUGUCAAUAACGAUAAUAAGACAGAAUCUAUAAAAGAGACAAAAUCUGGUAUCGUCAAUGAUAAAGAUUUUAUCCAGACAUUUCUUAGUAAUACAUUUCUCGGUAAAAUGAGUCAACCUGAUUUGACAAGAAUGUUUGAAUUUUAUGAUAACCACGAUAAUAAUGAAAUUCUGAAUAACGAGCAGUUUAAUCAAAAAAUGUUGGAAACUCUUCCUUCAGAUUCGGAAUAUUUCGAAUGGAAAAAUAAAAUUGCAAAAAAAGAUACUGGCAAAGAACGUCGAAAUUGCGAGGCCAAUCAUGAACAAUUGGACUCCUUUAAAUGUAAAAACAAAAAUGUAAGAAGAAAUAGCGACAAAGAUUGUACAAGCCAAGAAGAUAAGAAAUCUGAAACAGACAUUAGAAUAUAUAUCGAUAAUAAAUUUCAUGAUAUGGAAAAAAGAUUGAUGGAGAGAAUAGACGAAAUGGAAGCUAGUACCAAUCGGAAACUGAAUGCUAUUUUGGAAAGACUUGAAUCAAGGGUGAAUGUACAGUAAAUGUAUAUUUUAGUUAUUAAUUUUUUUAAGAGUAAUAUAUUCUUUAUUAGAGUAUA